CUUGGAGAUGCUAACGUUAUACGAGCAUUUUGAACGCGUUUAAAUCCUUUUCAUGGUGUAACCGGAACAUCUUAGAAGCCGAGGAAUGUAUGUGUUGUAAGCGCGCAAUUGUAAAAUUGAUCUGAAUGCCGAAGAUGGCUGUAUCUCAUACUGGCCAGUCCCCUCUUGUACACAGCUUGGCAACGCUCCUCCGAAAUGAUGGUGACUCAGUGCUGGAUGGAAGCAGCACCCUGACCCUGCAGGCAUCCAGCCUGCAGCAGCUGACCCGGCUAUUUGAGCAGUACCUGCUCUCCAGGAGCCAGCAACAUGGCUUUCUGGCCCUGCCUUCUCACCCAGCCGACACCGCCUCCUUGCUACAGCUGCAAUUUCUUUUUGAUGUGCUGCAGAAGACCAUCUCCCUGAAGCUCAUCAACACGCCAGGGGAACGGCUUCAGUCUGUGGUGAAAAUCUUCCCAUUCAAGUCUCUGAAAUGUUUGGAGCUGAAGCGUAUCCCCCCUCACUGUCUGGAGGGCUUAAGAGGAGUCUAUUCCCAGCUUGAGGUCUUCACCUGCUCAAAAAGCAUUGACUCCAUGGAGGAGCUUCUUUCUCUGUGUGGAGGGGAUCUGAGCUCUGCGUUGCCCUGGCUGGAGCUGCACACUCUCAACUUCAGCUAUAACUCUAUUGUCUGCCUUGACCAGUCACUGAGUUUACUGAAUGUCCUAAAGUCUUUGGAUCUAAGCCACAACAAGAUUGAAGAAUGUGCUGAAUUCCUAAAGCCCCUGAGCGAACUGGAGCACCUGAACCUGGGUUACAACUGCCUCCAGAGGGCGCCAACACUGGGCCUCAGCUCCAAAGCCAAACUUCUCACCCUUAUCCUCAGGAAUAACGAAUUGGAGACCAUCAAUGGUGUGGAACAGUUGUCUUCUCUCCAGCACCUGGACUUGGCCUACAACCUCCUGUUGGAGCAUUCCCAGCUCGCUCCCCUCUCCAUGCUGCACUGCCUCAGCACACUGAGCCUGGAAGGGAACCCGCUCUAUUUUCAGAAGACCCACCGAAUCAGCACCGUGCGGCACCUCUCUCCGAAGGCCGCCCACCUCAAACUCAAACUUGAUGGCACCCAGCUGUCCUCGUCAGAGUUGUCUGUUCUGCCCAAACCAGGGCAGCUGAUCGGCCAGUCACAGGUGUCUCCUCCAGUUACCAUGGAACCAGAGCGCGGUAACCUGGAAGUGUCCAGUGGAGCCGGGGAGCUGAGUGACAGCCUGUCAGUCGGGGACGUGGGAGUCACACGAACUCGCAAGAAGAAGACCAGGAGUAAGGUGAAAGUGAGGAGGGCCAGCAUCUCAGAGCGCAGUGAUACAGAUUAUGAGCCAAGACCACAAACCUCUACCCGUGAUAUUGCCCUCCCGCACAAAGAGGAGAUCGAGCGAAUGGACAGUUUCAGAGAACAGCUAGGAGAGGACUGGCUGCGAUACCAACACCACCUGGAGGGGGCGCCACCCUCAACCCUCACCAACCCUGCCAGCACUGACAAGCCUAACGCAGGCAGUCAAACCCUCACCAACGGCCUCAGUGUUGCCCCAUGUCCGUCCACUGACCAAAGACACCAACCCUCUCCACUACUCGUGGGGGUCCCAGAGGUCCUCCCUCGACCUCUGCUCUACUCCGAACCCAUGGUGGAGACCACAGAUGGGGACGCCGACCAGGAGACGGAGUCCACCUUGGAGUGGUCUGGUCGGAGCCCUAGGUACACUGAGUCCACCUUGGAGAGCAGCAUGAUGGACAGCCAGGGCCAAGGGACAUUGGACCCAAUAGACGUGUCUGUGAAUGUUUUCAUUCAUCCAGGUCAUGGUUAUCCAAAGGAGUUGAGUCAAGUGCAACUGGAGAUAUACCAAGUGCAACACGGAUAUAUACCAAGUCCAGUUGCACUUGAUUCAACUCCUUUGGAUGACUCACUAGACCUGAAUGGGAAGGGAUCUCAGGGGUUAGCCAGCAAAGAGAGUGGUGACACCAAAGAAGAAGAAGAAGAAGAGGAGGACCUUGGAGUUGAUCUGUGCCUCCCGCUGCUAGUGGGGGUGUUACCUGACAAGGAAAAGGAAGAAACUGAGGGAUGGAGGAGAAGGGAGGUGUUUCUGAGGGUCAAACAAGGCCUGUUGCUUGAGGUGGACAUGCAGCAAGGCCUGGAGAGAUGCCGCCUGGAGCUGGAUGCCUUGGCCAGGGUGGACACCACACAGGCCACCUGGAACCAGGAGGAGACAGAGAGGCUGCUUCCAGCUGUGGAGCUGCAGUUCCACUACAUCAGCAGAGAGAGGAGGAGGAGGCUCUACGUCAUGCUGGAUGACAACCCUCAGCAGGCACUACAGGCUCUGACAGAUGUGCUGUCCCUCAUAGUGGAGGAAAACCAUCAGCGCCAUGCCAAGGUCCAGCCCAGCCGUGUUCACCUGCAGUGCCUCCGCUGCAGUUCAGAGUUUACACUUCACAGAGGGGGGCGUGAAGAAGAAGAGGACAGUGGGAGAGGGCGGAGACGAGGAGCCUCCCCCAGACUAACAGAAAGCAUAGAGGGGCUUGACGGCACAGAAGGGGAGCCCGAAGAGGAGGCUAAAGGAAGUAACAUGGUGUGCCCAGAAUGCGGCAGUGAUCAUGUGGUCCAGCUGGCUGGCCAAUCAGCUACUUCCACCAGUACACCCAUGCACCGUCACUCAGGGAAGGACACAAGGGAUGCAGUAUAUGCUGAUGACCAUGUCAGUACACUGCAGAGAAGUCAUCAUGCCAGCAAGAACUUCUACCCAGGUGAGCUGUCAUCUAGAGGUGGUAGCCUUAGUAGUAGUCCCAUACUGAAUGCCACCACAACCACGGGAGAUCCCGACUCUUUUGUCACAGCCCAGGGAAGCUCCUUUUUUAUGAAGGAAAGUGAAGAUGACACCGGGGUCGACCGUAGUCUCUGCACUGGGGGCCAGAGGAAAGAGGAGCUGGCAGGGAGCUACCACUAUGCUAGUGUUGGUGCUUCACCGCCUGGAGGCCAAAGCCACAUCGAAGUCCAGCCUCCAGAAAGAGCCAGCCUUGGUGAUCAUCUGGACCUGCUGUCUGAGGACUACGAGGCGGUGGACCAUCGGCUGAAGCUCUUCCUGGAUGUGGAGGUCUUUGAGGAGGAAGAGGAGUUUCACUCAUUCCUCAGGAUGUCCACUGUCAAAUACGGUGAGCCAGGAGAGUUUCCCUCUCUCCUGGUGGUGUCGGACCAACGGAUCUACUUCCUGGAAUUGGCAUCAGAGCCCCAUGGUGGCCAGCUAUCUGAUUGGCUGCAGAAGAGGGACAGCCAUCCAAUCAUGGAGCUUAGCUACCUGGAAGUGGGACUCGGUUCUCAGAGCAUCCACAUGGAGUUUGAGGAAGGAGCCAUGGCCUAUACCCUUCUGGUACGGGACAGUUCACGCUGCAAACGGUUCUUCAGUCUAUUAACAGGAAUCGUACGUGAGAUGGCCCCCAAGACGGAUAGCAAGCUGAAGUCCAUCUCCACUGCGAGACUCGACCCCCAGCAUCACCUCUGGCCUCUGCUGUGUGAGGAUGCACAGACGGACACAGAAGACAGCCAGCCUCAGUUCUACUACCUUCUGGCUUUUGUGCUGCAAGAGGACAGCUGGACUCCGCUGACUGUGCUCGCCACCCGGGAAACCCUGCACUUGAUUGAUGAAAACCACCAGUGGAGUAAGAGCUUGCCCAACAUUUCGGCCAAUGAGGACGGAGAACCCUGCAGUGGAAAGGUCACCGUCCUGGAGAGCCAGCCAGUCAGCUGCGUGAGCUCAGUCAACCUGUGGACCUCCAACCCUUGUCAGAUGGACAUCAAGCUUUAUGAUGAGGUGUGGAGGUGUUCGAGAAAGAGUUGGGUCUUUAGCUUCUUCUUAAAGAUGGAGAGGGACUCAGCGGAUCGAAUGGAGAUUGGUAACUCGUUCCACCACUGGGGAACUACAGAAGAGAAGGACUGUGAAGCAGGAGAAGACGUGGUGUGUGCGUACGGAGAGCCCCGAGCUUGUCCAGGGCCUGCUGUCCUGGGUCAGGACACAGUGGGAGGCCAUGUUCGGAGUAAAGCUCACCACGAGCGUGCAGGACACCGUAACAUGAUGGAAGGAAGAAGGGGAUAAAAAAGAAAACAGAUGCUCGUAGUCCUCGUGUAGCUUGUGUGUUUGCCUGCCAGCGCCACGCCAUCUUUUUGUAGCACGAGUAGGUGUCUCUGUUUUUUACCCCCACUAACAAGCUCCAGUUAUUGUCCACUCUGGAGACGUCCUGUCUGUUGUUUUCUUAUGCCGAGGACUCUGAAAUGAUUGCACUCGCUCACUGAAACGCCGUUUGCGCUGUCUUUUUUGUUGUUGUCGUGGACAAGGUGUGUUUGUGUACGCCUUACUCUUGCUUCUUUCACAACGCCGCCAUGCUGAAGUGCACCUCCGUGCAUGUCUGUCUUUAGUGUUCGCAUGCUUGCGGAGCACCAGCGGACGGUGCAGAGGACAUGGCGGGUUCGAGACGUGGAGUAAGGGGAAAAUAAACUUGAUUGUGAGGUUAUUGUCUUCGCGGGGCAAGCGGAACGACACGAGCACAAAGUACCGAGUCUGAGCCACAUUUUGGUUGAUGAUGGGGGGGGGGGGUAUUGUCGGACGAUUUCCUCCGUUCUCCGUUGUAGCUGGAUGGCAAGCAGAGCAGCUUCCGCAACACCCCAUGGCCGUCACGAGGCCGGGGUCCACACACACACACACACACACAGACACGCACACACACGGCGGACACAUCUCAGGCAUCACAAACCACACACCGUCUCCUUCCAAUUAGAGUCUCGUGAUGCGGUUAUGCACCGUGUGAUCAUCAUCCGAACAGAAACGAAUAGCUGAAGGCCAAACCCGCGGAAAGGAGGCGGGAAACGGGGCUGUGGUCCGCACCUGCCUUUCUACAUUUUGUUUUUAUUUUAGCUUGACUGUUUGAUAAGAGCUGUUUAAAUCUUUCAUUUUACAAGGGAAACUGGACUGGAGUCCUCUGUCUGUAAACUUUGGCUGGAAAUCUAGACAUGAAACUACUGCGGAUGUAUUCAUCAUGUCAGCUUAUUUAGCCCUGCGCCCGUACCGUCACAAACCCAAUGCCAUAAGUAUUCCGGCGUACAAUGUACAGAUAUUCAAUAUGAAGUAUUCAGAAAUACGCGACGUUUGUGGAAGUCCAUUUGAAGAAGCCAUCGUGCACAUAUACAACUCAGUACAUUCGUCCUGCCGCACUGUUUUUCAUUAUCAAAUUGAUGAAGUUGGAAAAUAUCUAUUUUUUUAUAUGAAUAAAACAUAAUUGAUGUCGUCCUAAC